AUUUACUCGUCACUUUGAAAUUACAGGAAAGCGAUCAGGGACUCAAAAUACUAUGAACAUGCUUGUGAUUCCAUAUAUCAUUUCUGUUUUCAAUAAAAUUUUUUAAUGAAAUAUGUUCAAAAAGGUCAAAGGAAUAUACAAGAAUAAAGCACUAUGAAACAAUUUAAGUAAUCAAUCUUUUCUAAUUAAGGUGAACCCUGUUACUGGAUUCUGUGUUUCUUACUUCAUUAUUAAUAUUUGUAUAUUAUGAGUUAACAAAGACUAAUUACUCCAUUCCUUGGUGAUUAACAAUUUGGGUUCCAGCUGGUAAUUUGCCAUGUUCAGAAUAGAGCCAGCCAAGAUAAUCAUCAAUUUAUUCAGUUGUGAAGAUGGAACCCCAUUUAUUUUUUUGUGUAUCAGAUUUUAAAUUUCACAGGAUUUAAGAUGCCUGUUCUGAGUUUGGAGUCAACAUUCUAAUUCUCUCCUUUGUUUGAGCAGAGACAGAGUCCGUGUUGAUUAAUGUGCUGGAAAAGAAGGUAACACUCACAUGUAGAUAUCCUGGUGUGGUUAAGGUAUCCACGAAGCAGGUUGCAACCAUACACAGAAACCCUCUUGGCAAAAUGGCCACGAUCAAGCGAAUAUUUCGUUCAUCCCGCAAUUAAUAACAGUUCCGAUAAGGUCCACCACCAUGCCAGAAUGUGAUUUCUUCAAUAAAAUUUGUUUUAGGCUGAAUUAGCAAUGUACAUAUUACUUUAUAGUACUGAAUGAUAAAUCAAAUAUGUAAUUAGCGCUUGAUUGUGAUUGCAAUUUUAUGAAAUAAUUUUCAGAAGAAAUACAGAGUAGAAAGUUGGAUAUGCUUGCUUCACUUUGUUGGGAACUGUCAGGAGAUGAAAUAUAUAGUUGAGGACAUUCUAACAACGAUUUGUUGCAUGGUGAUGAGACUUAACCUAGACUGCAAUGGUUGCUGCAGGAAAAUGAGGAGAAUUCUUCUGAACAUGAAAGAGGUAGAGUCGCAUGCAAUGGACAAGCAGCAAUGCAAAAUAAUGGUUUGUGGAAGAUUUAGGCCAUCAGAUGUGGCGAUAAAAGUAAGAAAGAAGAUGAACCGUAGAGUUGAAAUACUGGAAAUCCAAGAAGUUAAUGAGGGAAACGAGCAAUAGAUCAAUCGAAACCCUUGAUCACUGAUGGUCAUGUUUGUGCCAUCUUAUAAUAAAAGCCAGUCACAGCAUUUCCUUUGAAAUUAAGCCUAGCAGUCAUUGGUUUUGCAUGCAAGAUUGGAGACAACAUGGUCUUUGAUUAAAAAGAAAAUCAGGAAUUGAUUUCUAUAAUUCAAUUAUAAUGAAGAUAGAGAUAUAGGAAGCAGUUAGAUAUGUGAUUUCUAUUAGAAAUAGUUUAAUCUUUAGGAAGCUGUCAAGAAUUGUAUAGAGAUCAAGAUGAUUGCUCUUCAGAUUUCAGAAAACUAAUAUUAUAAUUGGUGUAUAAUAUAAAAUG